AUGGCGGAAGUUUCGCAUCAAGACGGCUAUGAUGUGGAUCAAAUCCGGGAGACCGAAUAUCCAAUGCUAAAAGGAGAGACAUACUUGGAUCAUGCGGGAACUACUCUCUAUUCCAGUUCCUUAAUCAAAGAAUACCUGGAGGAGAUGUCGGGAAAUUUAUAUGGCAAUCCGCACUCAGGGUCAACGUCUUCGAUGCUCUCGACUGCCCGCGUGCAGGAGGCCCGCAAGCAUGUUUUGGAGUUUUUCAAGGCCAGUCCGGACCAUUUUGAUAUCGUAUUUGUUUUGAACGCCACAAGUGCGAUGAAGCUCGUCGUUGAGGCUUUUAUCUCUCAUGAAACCGGGAGUACAAGCCCAUCACUCUGGUACGGGUACCACGUUGACUCGCACACGAGUGCUAUCGGAAUCCGACAGCUUGCAAGUGCAGGGCAUCACUGUUUUGCAUCCGACAACGCAGUUGAUCGCUGGCUCGAGACCGGCUCCCUGGUUGCUGGGGGCCAGAACGGAGGCUCAUCAUCCCCAGCUGCAUCCAGGGUAUCCCAGAUCGGGUUGUUUGCUUAUCCCGGGCAGUCGAAUAUGACCGGGCGUAGAUUGCCAUUAAACUGGCCGGGACGAUUGAGGCGUUCCACACUCGCCGCCCACCAGCAGGUGUAUUCACUCCUGGAUGCGGCUGCAUUGGCAUCGACUGCGCCAGUGGACCUGAGUGAUCCCUCGGAGGCGGCUGACUUCACCACCGUCAGUUUCUACAAGAUCUUCGGUUUCCCAGAUCUUGGGGCAUUGAUCGUUCGGAAGGAUGCCGCGCACCUGCUCCUCCGACGACCGUAUUUUGGCGGGGGCACGGUAGAGAUGGUUCUCUGCAAUGGCGAGUCGUGGCAUUCAGCCAAGAAAGGCGCUAUCCACGAGGCUCUUGAGGACGGCACAGUGCCGUUCCACAACAUCAUAGCGCUCGACUGUGCGUUAUCCACUCAUCAACGGCUAUAUGGUUCUAUGGACCAGGUUUCCCGACACACCUCGAAGUUGGUUUCCCACUUAUACCGCAAACUGUCCUCCCUGCGGCAUCAGAACGGUAGCAACGUUUGUCAAAUCUACAAGGAUCCGUCCGCCAUCUACGGGGAUAGAAAAACCCAGGGACCAGUUGUCGCCUUCAAUCUCACAUCCGCGGACGGAUCAUGGGUCAAGUUGUCGGACCUGGAAGCUGCCGCUAACGAGCAUCACAUCCAUCUUCGAACAGGGGAUGUCUGCAACCCCGGAGGCAUCGCCCGACAUCUCAAUCUAGCACCGUGGGAGCUCUUCAGGAACUUUCGCGCCGGCGUUCGCUGCGGCUGCAAGAAUGUCAUGAUCGGCCAAAAACCCUCCGGGAUUGCGCGGGUGAGUCUUGGAGCCAUGAGCAGCAUGCAAGACGUGGAAACAUUUGUGAGUUUCGUGCAACGGAAAUUCGCGUCAAGCGCGUCGUUAUUCAUCCGGAAUAUCUUGGUCUACCCGAUUCGAGGGUGUAGUGCGUGGUGGAUUACGGACGGAUCUCGCAUAGAUCUCACCCAUAACGGGCUCCGUUGGGAUGGACAGUGGUGCUUGGUUGGUCUCGAAACGGGCGCGAUCCUGACCCCCCUCGAGGUUCCUCGAUUACUGUUGGUGUAUCCGGAGAUUGAUUCCUGCCGUCGCACUCUUCGAAUU